UUUUGGAGCUGUAUUUCUUGAAGAUGAUGUCUUGGAUUCUGCCACGCUUCUUCUCCGCGAUGCCUUUCGAGACAGCCUCCCUGACCUCUCUCCGGCCCUCCGCGUGGCCUCCAUCACCUGCUGCACCGCACACUGGACCCGUGACUGCACGACGCAACUAAGAUUUGUUCCGACUCCUCGCGCAUGCCCUCGGCCUCGAUCGCAAGCUUGUUCCUGGCGAUGAAACUGGCAACGGCCGAACAGGCCGCCAUCGCAACUUCCGCUCAGGACUCCACGGUGACAACGGCCGCAAACUUCUGCCAGGCGUCGAAAGUCCCAGCAGGCUCGCCGCGAUGCUGGCUUCUCGGAGGCUGUUGGCCUGCAACGUCGUCUCAGAAUCAGACAUCUCUGCAAACUUCUCUGCGUCCUGCGUCUUGUCCUCAUCCGCACUCCCGGCGCCACACCCUUCUCCAGUCUCUUAUUCGGCAAUCUUGCCUCGCUCACCUUCUCGAUGGCGGCUUCUGCCUCGAAUUCCAGAGGUUCGAGCUCUCCUGUUAGCCAUUUCGCCAUCGCGCCCGCUCGACCUUUCCCGUCGACGUCGCCAUCAGGUGACCCGUGUUGGCAAGCUCCUUCUCUAAUGUGUCUGCAAGCUCCUUCUUCAGGUUCUUGGAGGUGCUGGGGUAGCGUUGGAGAGCAGCUCAGAAGGUGCAGGAUGACGAACUGCUGCCCGCUCAAUCUCCUCUGCUGCGCUCAACUCCUGCGCCUGCGGCUUCUCCCACAACUUCCUCCAAUCCUCAUCGAUCUGCUUCCGCUUCGCGGCUCGCUUCUUACGCUCCUUGCCAGAGAGGGCGACAACGUCAGGGUUUGGGGAGGGGGGCAGGGUCGACAUCGACC